AAUAAAUGCGGUCCUGCCCCCUGGGGUUGGCCUCGUCCCUUUUACUGCAGCAUGUGGUGAUUGAUGUCGCCGAUUGAUUUCGAGAUGAAAAUACACCAAAAUCCACGUACGAUCGCCAGAGCUUCAAAAAAAGCAAAACGCAAAUUUUGAAAAUAUGUGUUUUGCUCAAUAGAUUCGGUCUGACGAGAUGAAAUUCAAUGCAGCCCUCCCUUCUUGUUGAUGCGUUCCUUCCUGCCUCUUUGUAUAGCUCAAAUUUACAACAACUGCCGUUGUAUUUGCGGAUCCAUUUGUUGACCAGGUGAGUGAGGCAUGGUGUUAGCGGAAGCUUGAGAAUCAGACCCUGCGUUAUUUCAGGUGCAGGUUUUUACGGAUCUUGUGAAUAGCCUGUUUUUCUCUCUUCAUCGACCAAAUCAUGACUCGUCCGGAAGAGCCCUCCAAGGAAGUGAAGAAACUUCAAGAGCGAGCGCGGGGGAGACAGGACUUCAAUUACAAUGGGCGGAAAAUUUACUCCUGGGACCAAACGAUCGACGAGAUCAACGUCUACAUAGACCCGCCACCAGGAGUUACCAAGCACGACCUGGACAUAAGUAAGCACCCUUGAUGUUGGUCUUGUUUUGUGUUGUACUAUGACAUUUAGGUGGUAUUAUUCCAUUUUUCAGUGCAGCUGACAACAUGUGAACAAGAGAAAAUCUUGAAUUCAACCGGUCAAGUACAACCCCGCUACUUUAUCAGGUAUCGCCCCCCGACACGUGAAGAUCGGUCUCUGCGGCAACCCGCCUUUUAUACAAGAGGACCUCUACUCUGUUUGCGACACGGGCUGCAGCUUCUGGAUGAUUGAGGACGGGGAGCUCCACCUGCAGCUUGGGAAAGUGCACAAAGCCGAAACCUGGCAGUCGGUAUUCGCCAGACACGGGAAGCUGGACGCCUACACCGAGCAAGAAGUGCAGAAAAAACUGAUGCUGGAGCGGUUUCAGGAAGAGCACCCGGGUUUUGACUUCUCCGGCGCGGAUUUUUCCGGGUCUGCACCCGACGCCAGGGCAUUUAUGGGAGGGGUGAAGUACACGUGAGAUUGACAUAGGAACAUCGGAUUGACUAGCAGGAGCAGAGGUGAAUUUCUUGCCUGUGGUCUCGUCCGAUGUAUGACAGCGAUGUUUUCUUUUCAACGCGACCAAACUAGUUUUUGGGUCGUGUAAAAAUAUCAUAUGAACAACACGAGCGAUAGCGAACGAACAAGCGACAGCAUCACAAUACUUCAAGCGACAUUCGUUGUACCCCGAGCGAACUUUUCUGAAUUCUUCUCGGCUAAAAAAUGCGCAAUCGCGACAAACGUGAACCCAAGCGGGGCGAGCAGCUUCAGGAGCUUUUUUAUGUGGAAGGAAC